AUGAACCUCGGCGGCGAGCCAGAGAAGUCGGCUCUGGAGAGCUACGGAGUAGACUUGACAGCCAGGGCGAGGGAGGGCAAAUUAGACCCAGUCAUCGGUCGGGACUCCCUUAUUCAACGGCUCAUCCAGAUACUUUCUCGGAGGACUAAGAACAACCCUGUCCUUGUAGGUUCAAGUGGAGUCGGUAAAACAGCCAUCUUGGAGGGUUUGGCGCAGCGUAUUGUUAGAGGGGAUAUACCGGAAAGCAUCAAGGAGAAGCGAGUGGUGUCUCUUGAUCUCGGGUUGCUGAUAGCAGGCGCAAAAUUCAGAGGAGAUUUCGAAGAGCGCCUCAAGGCCGUCUUAAAGGAAGUGGAAGAUGCCCAUGGCGGUGUCAUACUAUUUGUCGAUGAGAUGCAUUCUUUACUAGGUCUUGGAAAGACAGAGGGCUCAAUGGACGCCUCAAACCUCUUGAAACCAGCGCUCUCGCGUGGUGAAAUCCAGUGCUGUGGUGCUACUACUUUAAAUGAGUACCGUCUAAUUGAGAAGGAUGCAGCACUGGCGAGGAGAUUCCAACCCCUCCAUGUUGGCGAACCUACUGUCUCGGAUACUAUUUCUAUCCUCAGAGGUAUCAAGGACCGCUACGAAGUCCAUCAUGGCGUCCGUAUCACCGAUGGUGCCUUGGUGGCCGCCGCCAACCUUUCCAAUCGCUAUAUCAGCGAAAGAUUCCUCCCUGAUAAGGCAAUUGACCUUGUUGAUGAGGCUGCCUCCGCACAGCGAUUGCAGCAAGAAAGCAAACCUGAAGCUAUUCAAAGUCUGGACCAUCAAAUAAUGACUAUACAGAUAGAAUUAGAAAGUUUGCGGAAAGAAAGUGAUGUCCUUAGCGAAGAGCGACGUGAGAAGCUCCAGGAAGACCUUAAUUCUAAAUCAGAUGAAGUCAUCAAGCUCACACGGAUAUGGGAACAAGAGAGAUCAGAGAUAGCUGCUCUGAAGAGCGCUAAGGAGGAGCUGGAGAAAGCUCGUCUAGGACUUGAACAUGCCCAGAGAAUCGGUGACUUUGGCAUGGCGUCAGAGCUUAGGUACUCUACGAUACCGGGUUUGGAACAACGCUUGGCUAAGGAAGGCUCUGAAGCCGGCGUGAAUGAUGAACAUAACCAAGUAUUACUACACGACUCUGUUAGAGCGUCUAAUAUUGAAGCUGUGGUUUCUCGACAAACGGGCAUCCCAGUCACUAAGCUGAUGUCUAGAGAGGUGGAGAAAUUGCUUCACAUGGAGGACACCUUGCGAGAAUCGAUUCGUGGUCAAGAUGAGGCGCUUACAGCCGUGGCAAAUUCUGUGAGAUCCCAGCGAGCUGGUCUAGCUGGCGACAAUCGCCCAAUAGCAUCAUUUCUAUUCAUGGGGCCUACCGGAGUGGGCAAGACAGAGCUGUGCAAAAAGCUCGCAUCUUUCUUAUUUUCGACAGAGAGUGCCAUGAUUCGAUUCGACAUGAGCGAAUUUCAAGAGAAGCAUACUAUCUCAAGACUCUUAGGAUCUCCAGCCGGUUACGUUGGUUAUGAGGACGCAGGACAACUUACUGAAGCCGUUCGAAGAAAACCGUACGCAGUCUUGCUAUUUGAUGAAUUUGUUGACUUUCGCAAUACAAUCAUCGUGAUGACGACCAAUCUUGGAGCAGAAAUCCUGGUCAAUGCAGACUUGGCAGACAGGGAUGGGAAUGGAGACAUUGAUAGUAAAACAAAGGAAGCGAUCAUGGCAAUAGUCUCCAAUGCAUUUCCCCCAGAAUUCAUUAACCGCCUCGAUGAGUUUAUCCUCUUCCAUCGUCUCUCAAAAUCCUCGCUACGUGAUAUAGUCGAUAUCCGAUUGAAGGAAUUGCAAACUCGGCUUGAUGACCGCCGCAUCACCCUCAAGCUUGAUGACAAUGUCCGCGAGUGGCUUUCUGAACAAUCUUUCGACUCCCGCUACGGGGCUCGCCCGCUCAAUCGGACAAUUUCAAAGAUCAACCUUUCACUACCCUCUACUCAGCCUUCAAAUGAUAAGAAUCUUUACAUGGGAAGUUCUCGCCAUUCACGUCAUAAUACCAAAGGUGGUAAUUCGAUCUUUGACGCGGAUGCAAGCGAGUCGGAUGCAGCACACGAUGAUUUCAAGGAAGUUGUUGUCAUGGGUGUCAAUGUUAGUAAUAGAGGCGAAAUCGGAUGCUGCUACUAUUCGGCCAGCGAUGAAAUUCUGCUGCUCAUGUCGGAUCUUAGUAAUGGUGGGCUUGACAUCUUAGACUCACGUGAGUGA